UUACCACUAACCAUAGCGAUGCCUGCACUUUCCAGUUCAUCUUCUCGUGCCCUGAACGCGAUCCUACCACUUGUCGCGUCAGGACAGCCCUACGAAGCGCACCAGAAAGCACGCACCUUUGCAUCGCGGUACAACAAGUCUGGGCAGUACGACACUGCCAUCGACGUGCUCUUCCAGAGUGCAAGGGAGCUCCUGAAAGCUGGUCAGCAGGGUAGUGGAACGGAUUUGACGUCGUUCCUUAUAGAUGUGUAUGAGAGCAAGGGCGAGGCCGUGGAUGAUGAGUCUCGAGGGAGACUAACGCAGCUCAUCGCGCUGACUGGAUCAUCGGGGUCAUGGAGAAAGACGAUCAUUGAUAAAUCCAUAGCAUGGUCAGCAAAACACGGUGGUUGUCCCGCGGGUGACCAGGACCUGCACCACUAUAUUGGCGAGCUGCUCUAUAAAGAUGGGGCCUUUGACGUGGCAGAGCCUCACUUCCUUGCGUCAGGCAAAAGAGAUAGCGCGCGUUUACUAGCAAAUAUGAUGGUAGAAUGGUCUGCAGCGGGCGGAGCUCCUGGAAUCUUUGCUCUUCGAGGCACACUUCCAUAUCUACAAAACGGCAACAUCAUUGCGGCUCGCACCUUUAUCUCGCAGUUCAUUGCACAACUAAUUUCAUCUCGACCGAAUCUGCUUUCGCCACUGCAAACUUCCCCCUUGCCUGUCCCCCCUACCAGUGAAAUAAUAUAUACGAUUGAGCCCGUGCUCAAUUUCUGUCAGCUCGCUGUCUUGACAUGUCAACGUGCGAAUGGGGAUAAGAAUAAAGUGAUGCGCGAGAGUUGGGUAAGACUUUGCGGCACAUAUCAAGCUAAAGGUGGCGUCUUAGGAACCAGGGAUGUUCGGGCGGCACUACAGGAGAUAGCAACCUUAUACUUUGCAAUUCCUCCCCCACGCACCCAGCCUGAUAAUCCAUUCGGGGCUAUGCUCUCCUCCAUGUUGGGCGGUGGGAUGCCGGGUGGAGGGGCACCUCAGCGGCGGAUGCUGUCUCCCGCUGGGAGUGGACCAGGGACGCUAGGACUGGAUUAGCCUUCAUUCUUAUGCUUCUGGUUUAGGCAUUAGCGGGGACGGACACGAGACGGUAGGGUAAUUGAAAGGGACGUGCUAAUGGGUGCAUCUUCGGGGCCGGCUGAAGCUAUGUUUAAUGAUCAUGAUCUGCCUUUUCGUGGAAGAUUGGUGGUCUCCAGUAGCGGUAUCUAACUUCAUGCACCGCAUAUGAGACAGUCGCUAUGUUGUACUAUGGUGCGGUUCACUUAGUCCCCGCCUACUUUGUGCAAACGCCAAUUUCAUCAACGUGAAAUCCCAACCCUAACCUUAGCAUAUCUAUACAGGGAAUGGUGACUUCCAGCUCAAUGAUUCUUCGAUAUUAGUUCGUAGUCUGUGACAGUCGAGCGAUUGUAGAGCG